AUGACCGAGGAGGAGGGGAGGAUUCAAACGGUAAGUAAACUUAUUUAGUGAGUGUGGGUGCGUGACUAAGGGUGAGUGGGUGACUGAGGGUGAGUGGGCCACUGGAUGGAUAUGGAUGAUGGGGAUGGAUGAUGGGGAUAGAGAUGGAUGAUGGGAAUGGAUAUGGAUGGAUGGAUGAUUGGAAUGGAUGGAUAUGGAUGAUGGGAAUGGAUGGAUAUGGUUGAUGGGGAUGAAUGGAGAUGGAUGAUGGGGAUGGAUGGAUGAUGGGGAUGGAUAUCUACUUGUGUGUUUGCAUAGAAACACUAUAUAUUGAGAGAUCUCUAUAUGUAGUGUUUCUAUGCAAACACACAGUUUGGCUGAGGAGGGGGUCGGGUAUAGAAAGCGAGCUGAGCUGUCAGUCAGACAGAUCAGCUCGCGAACGCACAUGCGCGGUUGAGCGCUGAGUUUCUUCAUAGGAUGGCAUUCAAUGCCACUCUAUAAAGAAUGUGAUUGGUGCAGCGAAGCCGCGCAUGCGCACAUCGCGAUGGCGCUUCUCAAGGAGAAUCGUCCUAUUGGGCACUGCGAUUUUGUCAAUUUGACGGAAAAGGGGGCGUGGCCUAGCCGGGAGCUCGGCGCUGGAGCAGAGGUAAGUUUUAUUAUUAAAACUUACUCAGAUUUUUUUUUUUUAUGGCACGUUCAUAUAAAAGCAAGAAAGAAGGCUGGGGGACCUGUCUUUCUUGCUUUUAUAUGUUGACUAUAGUGUCCCUUUAAAUACAUAAAGGGAAUCAACACAGUAAAGAAUGAGACUAUAUUUAAAAAGAAAAACUACCACAACAAGACGGCAUUGUCUUAAAUUAGAGGGACAAAGGUUUAAAAAUAAUAUCAGGAAGUAUUACUUUACUGAGAGGGUAGUGGAUGCAUGGAAUAGCCUUCCAGCGGAAGUGGUAGAGGUUAACACAGUGAAGGAGUUUAAGCAUGCGUGGGAUAGGCAUAAGGCUAUCCUAACUAUAAGAUAAGGCCAGGGACUAAUGAAAGUAUUUAGAAAGUUGGGCAGACUAGAUGGGCCGAAUGGUUCUUAUCUGCCGCCACAUUCUAUGUUUUGAUUGCAAUGAAUGGAAAAGCCACGUCCCACUGACUCCUUGUCACAGGGGAAUAAUAUCCUUUUACUCUGGAGCUCUCGACCAAAGAUGAAAACUGCAGAAACAAUUGGCAGUGAUUUAAACAGGGUCAGAUUUUGCAGGUGCCUCGUACUGUACCCAAACAUCAUGCCACCGUGCGAAAGCCCAUCUUUUUCUUCCAAAAUAUGCAAAAUCCAAAUGCACAUAACUCCCGUUUUUUUAUUAACUGGAAAAUCCGACUGCAACAAGGAGCAAAACCAUUGAAAAGUUGCAAAAUCUUUUCCAAAUUUUUAAUAUUUUAAUUCCUGCGUUGCACCUAACAAAACGCAAUUUCUUCUUUGCCCAUGCCGUAAACACCAUUUUACUAAACUUGUCUUCGAGGCGUUCUACUAUCCAGACCUGUAAAUGCUUAUAAACCCAAUUAUGAUUGAACGGGUUUGGCAGUCACUGCUUGCAGUUUAAUUUUUUUUUUUUUUUCUUUAAACAAAAUGAAUCAAUUACAUUAUUAAGCUUGGCAAUCUGCUUUCCAAGCAACCAAAUUGUUAUUCCUAAAACUAAAUGCAUGUUACUGGACCAACUUUUAAAUUUUUUUUUUUUUUUUAUGUGUUUUUUAUUUAUUUAUUUAUUAUUAUAUGCAGCUAAAGGAAUACCAAACCAACUGAACUACAGAUGAAAAAAAAAACCUCCAACCAGCUAACACACUCUAAACCUGAACCAAAACCUAGAGAAGAAUUAUCCCGAUAAUGUACAAUAAAUACAUUAUACAUGGGACAAAUUGAACCCUUUUGGAUGCAUUGGGAAUAGUCUGAAAUCCAAUUCAAUGCCCACCUACUCUUUACAUAUUCAUCUUACUGUGUCCUACAUUUUCCAUUACUAGAUGCUGGGUCUCCAAUCGGCUCUGGCAACGCAAUCAACUUGCUCUGUAAAUAGGAAUCCCCAACUGGCAAUUUCAUGAUCUAUUCCAGCUGGGACAUAAAAUCCUCCGACACAAUCUUUAUAAGCAAAGUGAGCGUCCGUCCGCACCGCUCCUACUUCAGCACACUCUGACAGGAUUAAAACUGUGCUGCUGCUUUUUAUACUGUCCUGAUUUCCCGCUCUUUUAAUGUUUGCGACCUUCAACCAAUCACAGGCCAGCUCCAACCCCCCAGCAACAGCAAUGUCCCCAAUUCUGCCCGGAUACCGGUCUAACUGACCAACUGCCAUAAAAUUCAAACUUCCCAAAAUUCUAAUCCCAGACAAGGCGGAUUAACUCCUUACUUGCCACCACACAUAUAUUAAAUUACAAUACGAGUAAGAAGAGGUGCUCUAUAUGUCCUCAAAAUAACAAUAUAAACGUGAAAAGAGCAACACCUAAAACAUGUAAUAGAACAUGAAUUACAAAAUCUGACAAUAAAAAAAAAGGUGCACUGUUGCUUUAAAAAUAGUGAUAUAACAAAUCACUUAAAGUGCAAAUAUAAUAAAGUGCACAGUGCAAAAAACAAUUUACAAGUGAAAAUAUAUUGUGAAAAACGGUCCAAUGCCACACCAACGUAAAUAAUAACACUCUUACUUACAAAGCAUUAGUAAGGAAAUGAUGCAGUCUGAUAUGCUUCUUCCAAAAUCGCUCAGUGAGAUGCAAAAUAAAAAUGCCGCAGAGUGAUGCCAGUAGCCGGACUAUGACAUUGUGUAUGUGUGUCUGUCAGUGAAUGUGUGUGUAUUUAGAAGGCGGGGCGGGGGGAAGGGUGGGGUGGCGUGGGUGGGGGGCAGCACAAAACCAGGAUACACCACUGCUGCACAUCUUACACAUACACACAGCAGCCCCCAAACACUCUGCACCACUCACACACACACAAUACUUCCAGACAUAUAUGUAUAUAUACUUCAGAACCCCUCACACACAUACUGCUCCCCUAAACACAUUAAAUUCCAAACAAACACUAGAUUCCUUACCCAACUCUGGAUCAUCUACAGAUAUACACACACUAGAUCUAUAUAUACACUGAAUCCUCUAUACACACACUCACUAGAUCGCCUAUACACACAAAAUUAGAUCCCAGGCCCUUUGAAGGCCAAAUAUAUGAGAGUUAUAUUAUAUAUUAUUAUAUAUAAUAAUAUAACUCUCAUAUAAUACGGCAUUCCUUUGGAUGUGUAUAUUGUGAAGACCUGUGUAUCAAUGCAUGUUUGUAUUUGAGUCUGUGUGAAUGCACUUGUGCAUGUCUGGAUGACUACAUGUGCUAUUUUGUAUAUAGUGUCAGUGUGAAUGCAUAUGUGUAUUGAGCGUUAGUGUGUGUCUGCAUGUGCAGGGGUGUGGAAUAUUUUUUUUUAAAUCUACUUGUCCAAGGGUGGAGACAGGUGACAGAGUGUGUGUGUGAAGAGGGGGUAACAGGUGGAAGAGUGUGGGAGGUGGUGACAGUGGCAGAGUGGCACCUGGUGGCAGAGUGAGGGGGAGACACAGUGAGGGAGGGGGUGACUAGUGACAGUGAGGGAGGGGGUGAAGUGGAGGGAGGGAGGGGGUGACUAGUGACAGAGUGAGGGGGUGACACAGUGACAAUGAGGGAGGGAGGGGGGGUGACACAGUGACAAUGAGGGAGGGAUGGGAUGACUAGUGACAGAGUGAGGGAGGGAGGGGUGACACAGUGACAAUGAGGGAGGGAGGGGGUGACACAGUGACAGAGGGUGUGACUGGUGACAUAGUGAGGGGUGACAAGUGACAGAGGGAGGGAUGGGGUGACUAGUGACAAAAUGAGGGAGGGGGUGACACAGUGACAAUGAGGGAGGGAGGGGGGGUGACACAGUGACAAUGAGGGAGGGAGGGGGUGACUAGUGACAAUGAGGGAGGGAGGGGUGACACAGCGGACAGAGGGUGUGACUGGUGACAUAGUGAGUGAGGGCGGGUGACUAGUGACAGAGUAAGGGAGGGGGUGACACAGUGACAGAGUGAGGGAAGGGGUGAUACAGUGACAGAGUGAGGGAGGGGGUGACUAGUGACAGAGUGAGGGAGGGAGGGGUGACACAGUGACAAUGAGGGAGGGAGGGGGUGACACAGUGACAGAGGGGGUGACUGGUGACAUAGUGAGGGGUGACAAGUGACAGAGGGAGGGAUGGGGUGACUAGUGACAGAGUGAGGGAGGGGGUGACUAGUGACAGUGAGGGGUGACAAGUGACAAAGGGAGGGGUGACUAGUGACAGAAAGAGGGGUGACAAGUGACAGAGAGAUGGAGGGGUGACUAAUGUGACUGAGUGGCUGUAUCCUACCUGUCACUCUGUUCCCUCUGGUCUCUGGUCUGCCAAGCUGCUGCUCCUUCCCCUGAUCGAGCUCUGUGUGUGAGAGGAGUAAACAGGAAGUGAGGCCCCGCCUCUCCCCAUUACACAGAGCACCGCGUGGGACAGGAAGGAGACCUGCCAGAGAGCAGGUGAAGCUGCCAGGUCUCAUGUGAGGGGUUGAUUUACAGAGCACAUCAGUAUAGCUAUCACUAUUUGUCAAAGUUACUCAGAUCUUCUCGAUUGCCCAUUUUUCCUUAUUCCAACACAUGAAAUUCUAGAACUGACUGUUCACUUGCUCCUAAUAUAGCUAACAACCUGUCAAGUGCUUCCUCUCAGCUCCCUCGCGCACCGCACUGAUGCCGGAGCCGGAAGAUGACGUCAUCUUCCGGCGCCGGCAUCCCUACGCGGCGCGCGAGGGAGCUGAAGAGGAAGCACUGAGUCCUCCCUCGCGUGCCCGCCUGCCCGACCGGCCACCCGCCUUCCGGGUAUCAGCAGGGCCACUGGACCCCAGGGAAUCCCCCCAGCACUCCAAAAGGUAAGGAGGCUGGGGGGAUUACAUUUUAAAAAAACUAGUGUUAGUGUUUGAGUGUGUGUGUGAGUGUUAGUGUGUGUGUCUGCUAGUGAGUGUGAGUGUUAGUGUGUGUGAGUGUUAGUGUGUGUGUCUGCUAGUGAGUGUGAGUGUUAGAGUGAGUGUUAGUGUGUGUGUCUGCUAGUGAGUGUUAGUGUGAGUGUUAGUGUGUGUGUCUGCUAGUGAGUGUUAGAGUGAGUGUUAGUGUGUGUGUCUUACUGAGUGUGUGUGUUAGUGAGUCUGUUUGAUGUCUCUUAGUGAGUGUGUGUUUGUCAAUGAGUGUAUGUUUUGUAAGUGAGUGUGUAUGUAUGUCUGUCGCUGACUGUGUCUCUGUCAGUAAAUGUGUGUGUCUGUUAGUUAGUGUGUAUGCGUCUGUAAGUGUGUGUGUGUGUGUGUCUUCAGCACUUACCUUUCUCCAGCGCCAGACUCCCUUGGCGCUGGGGAUCCCUCAGCCUCUCAGCUCCGAAUGCGACCGCGCACGCAUUCAAACCGCCCAUAGGAAAGCAUUACUCAAUGCUUUCCUAUGGACGUUCAGUGUGCUCCUCUAGCGGCUGUCAGUGAGACAGCCACUAGAGGCUGGAUUAACCCCCAGUGAAACAUAGCAGUUUCUCUGAAACUGCUAUGUUUUCAGCUGCAGGGUUAAAACUAGAGGGACCUGACACCCAGACAACUUCAUUGAGCUGAUGUGAUCUGGGUGUCUGUGGUGGUCCUUUAAAGGACCACUAUAGUGCCAGGAAAACAUACUCGUUUUCCUGGCACUAUAGUGCCUUGAGGGUGCCCCCACCCUCAGGGGCCCCCUCCCGCCCAGCUCUGGAAAGGGGUAAAACUUACCUUUUUCCAGCGCUGGGCGGAGAGCUCUCCUCCUCCGAUCCUCCUCUUCUCCUCCCCGUCGGCUGUAUGCGCACGCGCGGCAAGAGCUGCGCGCGCAUUCAGCCGGUCACAUGGGAAAGCAUUCAUAAUGCUUUCCUAUGGACGCUGGCGUGCUCUCACUGUGAAAAUCACAGUGAGAAGCACGCAAGCGCCUCUAGCGGCUGUCAAUGAGACAGCCGCUAGAGGAAAUAGGGGAAGGCUUAACCCAUUCAUAAACAGAGCAGUUUCUCUGAAACUGCUCUGUUUAUGAAAAAAAUGGGUUAACCCUAGCUGAACCUGGCACCCAGACCACUUCAUUAAGCUGAAGUGGUCUGGGUGCCUAGAGUGGUCCUUUAAGUGUGUGUGCAUCUGCAUGCACUGGCGUACAUACCGCGGUCGCAGGGGUCGCAGCCCUGUAACCCCUGCGACCAGGUGCCCACCGCCAUGUGUUGCGGCCCGGCCCGCGUGCGCGGGGGGGGGGGGGCCCAACGGAUCAAUUUUCGCACCGGGGCCCCAUGGGUCAUGUGUACGCCACUGAUAGCAAGACACAGUGCACAAGAUAAUUCCGCAUGAUUAAUCCAUUAAGCAAGUUCAUCACGUAAUACUUUCAGUGCUGGCCUAAUACAUUUUGGUGAUUUCUGUUUUCACUAACAUGUACAGUGUUUGAGAGUGUAUCACAGAUCUUCACAGCAGUAAAACUCAGUUUGCAUCACAGAGUCACCCGAACAGGCACAUGCUAGCAGGCAGAUACUCAAUCAGAGAGAUAACUCAACAUGCACAUGCAGUUAAACACUGCCUUACACUGCUACAUAAACAAUUACACUAGUAGACUUGUACUGCACACACGGAUAUGCUAGCCAUUCUUUUUUUUUUUUUUUUAGCAUUCCAUUUAGAAGCAAAUAAAUAACCAAAAAAAGUGCAGUGUAUAUGAGAAAGGUGAAUAUCCCCUAAAAAUAGGAAAAAAGAUACCACCUUAAUAAUGGUCCAGAUAUCUAUGAAAGGAAUAAACUUGACAUAGGGUAAUAUUGUAAGAUUUAGCUUCACCCAUUAGAUAUAAAUUGCACUCACAAGCAUUAGGAUGAUUUCAAGCCCAUCAAAGUGUUAGGAUGAUUUCAAGCCCAUCAGAGUAUAUGGAGAUAAAUCCCACAUCUGACAGAGUAUGUUUAAAGGACCACUAUAGUGCCAGGAAAACAUACUUGUUUUCCUGGCUCUAUAGGGUCUCUAGGUCCCCCCCACCCUCAGGGCCCCCCUCCCUCCGGGCUCUAGGGGGUUGAAGGGGUUAAAUGUACCUAUUUUUCCAGCGCCGGGCGGGGGACUCUCCUCCUCCUCAUCAGCUGAAUGCGCAUGCACGGCAUGAGCGGCAAGCGCAUUCAGCCAGUCCAUAGGAAAGCAUUCUCAAUCACAGUGAGAAGCACGGAAGCGCCACUAGAGGCUGGUUUAACCCUAUUAUAAACUUAGCAGUUUCUCUGAAAUUUCUAUGUUUAUAGAAGAAAGGGUUAAUCCUAGCUGGACCUGGCACCUAAGCUGAAGUGGUCUGGGUGCCUAUAGUGGUCCUUUAAGCUUGUGGGAAAAAAACAAAGAGCAACAAAUAGUGCAGGUAGUAGGUAUAAAAAAUAUAAUUUAUUAGAUUGCACUUACAAAAUAGUGGUAAAGGCCAGGAUGUCUCCACAAGCAGCGGAUAUAGAUGGUAUAGAAGAGACCAGGAUCAAUGUAGUAUAGCAGGUAGAGUCCCAAGACAAAACCAGAGUCUCUUUGGUGUGAAUACGACGUGUUUCGUCUAAGUAGACUUCUUCAGGGAUGUAUAGUCCUGCUGGCUGACACCCCCAGCCCCUCACUGCAGGUACAAACAGAGCUCCCUCCUAGAUCAUUAACAUCCCAUGUUUGUGUACAGUGAAGUCUCUGAGUAAAACAAUACCCCCCCCAUGUACAGGUUUUAGGGUGGCCUGGAAAGUUACAGGGUUAAAUAUAGGGCUUGCAAGCCAAAUUAGCUAUAGAGAGAGAGAGCAAGAGAGAGAGAGUAUCUCACAAAAGUGAAUACACCCCUCACAUUUUUGUAAAUAUUUUAUUAUAUCCUUUCAUGUGACAACACUGAAGAAAGUACACACUUAGGGGGUGUACUCACUUUUGUUGCCAACGGUUUAGACAUUAAUGGCUGUGUUAAGUUAUUUUGAGGGGACAGCAAAUUUACACUGUUUUUCAGGCUGUACACUUACUACUUUACAUUGUAGCAGAGUGUCAUUUCUUCAGUGUUGUCACAUGAAAAGAUAGAAUAAAAUAUUUACAAAAAUGUGAGGGGUGUACUCACUUUUGUGAGAUACUGUAUAUAGAUACAUAUACAUGUAUUUAUGGUGUCAUUCUAAAUGUAUUUUGAAUUUAAUAUAUAUGUAUAUUAAUAUCAAAAUACAGUUAGAACAAAUUAAUACACUAUAUAUAGAGAAACAUGAAUUCUGCAUUAUUUUAGUCAGUUAUUGAAAAUGCUUCCCAGCAGUAUGUCAGAUUCAUGUACUCCCAUGAAUAAAUCAACUGAUCAUGGAUGGAAUCUUAAAGGAACGGUUGUGACUUAAAGGGAUACUAUAGUGCCAGGAACACAAAGCUGUAUUCCUGGCACUAUAGCUCCCUCUGUCUCUCCCAGUCCCCCGUGUUCCCCGGCCGUGGUAAAUAAAUGGUUAAAAACCCUUUACUUACCUGAUCCCAGCGCCGGAUCGCAGCAAGUGCCACUCGUCAUUAGACCUCCCCAUAGAAGAGUAUUAAAUCAACGCUUUCCUGUGAGGAAGUAGGUGAUGCUGGAUGUCCUCAUGCAGACUGCUAGGAUGUCCAGCGUCAGUUAGCAGGUUAAAAGUCCAUUAGGAUCCAGGAAGCACCUCCAGUAGCUGUCUGAUAGAAAGCCACUGAAGGCAGACUUAGUGCUGCAAUGUAAACAUUGCAGUUUCUCUGAAUGUUUUACACUGCAGCACUAAGUGCAAUAGGGUUACUAUACCCAGACCUCUUCAAUGAGCUAAAGUGGUCUGGGUGCCUAUAGUGUCCCUUUAAACAAGCUGUUUGGGCACCAUAAAAACUUAAUUGAAAUAUGGUGCUUGACCGUCCCUGGUGCUGGCUUAUCUUUAGCUUCCCAUUCCUAAAAACAGCACUUAUACUUAUUCUAUACUAUUUUUCAAGAGUGGUAGUGUUUUCUUCUUAUUUCCUAUUUAAAUACAUCACACAGUGUUAAUCAAAAUAAAUAAGUUGGUAAUGUGUAAAACUUAACUUUUAAUUAUAAUAGAUCUAAAAAAGUAUCUAAUGAGCGUUUCAUAUACCAAGUUUUCGAAAAACUGUUUAGACUGUAAUCCCUAGUGGGAUUUUACCACUUUGGUACGUAGUUAGAGAAAAAAGGCUUCACUAUAAAGCAGUCAGUAGGUUUUUUUGGGGGUUUUUUUUCAGUAAAAUAUAGCAUUGUUGCUACUGAGAUAGAAAAUAAAAAAAUCCAUCUAUAUACAUAAUUAAUAUUACUGAAGAAAAAACAAAUAUUACACAAUAUCCUAAUGUAAAGCAGUAAAUACUCUUUUGCAAUUUCUGCAGGAAAAUUAGGCUUCUUUUGCACUUUUUUGCGGAAAACCACACCGAGUCAAAGUUAGCAUAAUGGACCACUAGGGGUCACUCUUUAGUAAUAGCAAGUCACCUGUAGUGACAUAAAUAAAGUGAAGUGUGCGCAGUAAUACAAAUCGUCCAUUAGAGGUCUCCUGUACACAUAUAUAUAUAUUGCUACAUUAUUUUUUUUAUUUUCAAUUCUAAGAUAGCUAGAACCCCUUGGUCUAAUGGUCUACCGGUAGUAAACUCUUGGGAAUGUAUGGGGGAUUUACAUCACAAGUGUUAGGUUGUUAGUUGUAUGCUAAGAGAAGGAUGGCUGUAAAUAUAAAAAUCAUGACCUGUGUGCAUCUGUCAGUGUGUGUGUGUGUCUCUGUGUGUCAAUGUCUGUGUAUGUGUCACUGUGUGUGUCUGUGUGUCAGUGUCACAGGUGUAUGCAUGUGUCAUUUUGUGUAUCUGAGUUUGUGUGUAUGUGCCAGUGUGUGUAUCUGUGUGUCAGUGUGUGUCAGAGUGUUUAUGUGUAUGUUUAUCUGUGUAUGUAUGUGGCAGUGUAUGUUCAUACAUCUCAGAAAUCAAACACCAACACAACAUGCAAACACAAGCAUUACAUAGAAAAACACCCCUGAAUUUAUAUAUAUAUAUAUAUGUAUAUAUAUAUAUAUAUAUAUAUUAGCAGAGUGUAAUGUUUUCUCUUUUGCUAAAUUGAGUUUUUGGUGUAUAUAUAUAUAUAUAUAUAUAUAUAUAUAUAUGCGCGUGUGUGUAAAUGUGUAUAUGUACCAUAAAACUAAGUUUAGCAAAAAAGAAAACAUUAAAUAUUAACCCUUAUGGUGCAAGAAGGGGGCAAGAGGGGAGAUGAGGUAUGUAAUAAGGGUAGUAUAGUGCUAGGAAUAUAGGUUUGUAUUUCUAGCAUUAUAGUAUCCCUUUAACCCUCAAGCCUAUUUAAUGAUGAAAAACCCUAAUUCUGUAAUCUCAGUAACAUUGCAAUUUAAAAAUGUAUAGACCUGGACGAUUUAAAAGGAACACUGUAGGCACCCAGACCAUUUCAGCUCACUGAAGUGGUUUGGGUGUUGCGUCCCUUUUGCAUUUAGUGCUGCACUGUAAAACAUUUCUAGUUCCAGAGAACUGCAAUGUUUAAAUUGCAGCUCUAAGUCUGCCCACAGUAGCUGUCUACUAGACAGUCACUAGAGGGCAUCCUGUAUUGAAACUGACCUUUGGACUGUCUCACUUUGAGAACCUCCAGUGUCAGAUUUUUACCCACAGGAAAGCAUUGAUUCAAUGCUUUCCUAUAGGAAGGUCUAAUGAGCACGCAGCCAUUGCCACGCAUGCGCCUUAGGUCUCCACUCCCAUCUGACGGCGGGGUAGGAGCGUGGGUGGAGCCUGACCCAGCACUGAGGGCCAUCGACGCUGGAUUUAGGUAAGUGACUGAAGGGGUUUUAACCCUUUCAGCGCCACGGGAGGGUGCUCACGGGGGGGCGGGGCACUGUAGGAUUCUAUAGUGCCAGGAGAACGGCUUUGUUUUCCUGGCACUAUAGAACCCCUUUAAAUACCAAAUAGUAUCUAACAGUGCUGUAAUAACAAUGUCCUCUUUAAAAAGCAGACAUGUUUAUUAUUUGAUUAAGGUAUAACCAGGCAAUGAAAGAAAACCAGAUUGCUUAAAGGGUUAUUAUAAAAGUAUAAUUAAAAAAAAUUACUAUAUUCUACAAGUCUGUGUAAAUUAUUAUUAUUAUUUUUUUUUUUAUUCCAGGAAGUAACAAGGACACAGACAGAAUGACAUGGGAUGGUUGAGAAAAGGGUUACAUUUCAAUUUUACCACCAUAAUCCCUCCAAGUUAAAUCCUGGCAGGGGGGAGAUAUAUGUGAUAAAGGUAUUUACUAAUAAAGAGCAGAACGCACCCUGUAGCACUGUGAGUCUAGUUUAGGACAUUUAAUAUGCAUUGUAUGUUCCCAGAAUGGAUUUACAGGACAAUACAAGAAGGAGUCUGUGUUGUGACACCAGCACUAUCUAAUCAAUAUACACAAUACACACUGUAACUCACAGCACCUACAAUUGUAAUGUCAAUGUCAUUGAGAUUGCACAAACAAACCACAUAUGGUUAGAUGUCCAACAGAGUACUAACAAAAUGUAAAUGUGUUUCCAGGAAUGUAAUUCUACAAGUCUAUGAAACAGCUAGUAAUAGAAUGGUUUACAAGCUCAGUGUCUAUGCUGGCACUUUAAGGUGGGAUGCUUUUAAAGAAUGCAUUUUGCAGGGUUAUUAGGAUUAUAAUGUAUCCCUGUGUUCUGCUAUUAGUGUCCAGAUUAAAAGAUAAAAUAUGGCAUUUAGAAUAUCUUCCAUUAUGAAGUUGGCCGUGGCACAAAACAUGUCCUGGCCGAGAGACCAGUCAUGUCAGGAAAUGUAUAGACAAUCUUUGGCUCUAGUGAGAUAAUUCACAAAAGGAAAUAAAUAAAUAAAAAUGAUAUAACAAAGAUUUGGAUGUUGCAAGGUCUAUAGGUGACUGUGGGCACUUGUGCCAACACCUGAUUGCAAACUGUUGAUCUUACAGUUUAACUCACGCCAUAUGCUCCAUCUAGUAUGCCCAUUACUUACUAUAUAGAAUAAAUUCAAUGCCAGAGUGAACUCACAGUGCUCUGCAUGUGGGUAUAGAUGGAAGUAUGUCUGGCAAUAUGUGUAUCAGACAAACUCACACUGACCGGCAUGUCUCUUUCUUGGCCACACACCCACUAUAUCCAUAGAAAGCUCUGCCAAGCUAUCGGGAUGGGGGGUGUGAGCGGGUCUACAGGUAUUUUAUUUUAUGCAAUAGCCACGUGAUAUAAUAAUUUUAUAUUUUUUAAAGAUAUUGGUUUGUUUAUUACAUACAUAGACCUGUUGCAAAUUAAAUCUAGAAAUAUAUUUGCACCUAGCAGACAUGUCAAUCUUUAGUUAGAGGCCUAGGACAGGAAGAUAACCCCCCUCUGUGCAUGGAGACACAGCUAAACAGUCCAGUUUUAUUUUAAAUAAUGCAGUUUACACCUUUUUAAUCCAAUUAAAGGACAUCUCAGUGAAAUGCUAAUUUUCACUAAAAGAGAUUUAAGACUGCUCCACCAAGCAACCUGAUUCCUUAACCAAUCAUAGACUUUGCUUCAAAUUUUACCCCACCCCUCCCAAAUCUAAAGGGAAUAAAUUCAUCAAAGUAUUCUCACUAGUUAGACUGUCACAUUCCCUCACCUGUCCACAGGUAUUCAGGUUUUGGCUCCCUGCUCGUCAAUACUACACUAUCAUGGAACCCAAUGUUUCUGAACAAGGUAAGAUACUACCUGUAAUGAUUGAAGGAAUUCACAAAGGAAAUGCAAGAUCUACGCCAAAGCAGUAGAACUGAGAACAUCUGAGUGAAUGUACCACACUAGUGAGUUUUAUAAUCUUUGGAGCUCUGUGACAUUAUAUACACUGCACAAUGCUGUGAAUUGGAAUGCUGUGAAAUUUUUUUUAUGGGAGCACAGAAUGUGAAGCCGGCCACUGGGGAGAAAUCACUAUGUUUCUGUUCCCAAUCUAACCAUUCUCUCUCCCUAUUCUGCAGGAACAAGCAAUGCCAGGAACGAACCAGGCACUGCGGAGAACUGCAAACACUUACCAAAAAUAGCAGUUUCAAUAAUGUAUAAAUGGUUGGAGGAUAACUGUGAAGACCCAUACCCAAAGGACAUUGAAAAAGCAGAAAUGAUAGAAAAAACAGGUCUAACACGUAAGCAGGUAUGUAACCUGACCCCAUUCUAUACCUGGGAUGCCCUUAGACAACCUGAACCUUCUAUAUGAAGAGUAAUCAGUGAGAGAUUUAAUAGUAGACCAAUCACUAUGGAACACCGAUACUUCCAGAACUGAUCUUUAUACAUAACCUCAUUGUGUGCCAUCUGUAUUAAACUCGUAUAUAUUGUAAAAUAUAAGCUGGUCCAGUCAAGGCUUUAUUUUGGCACUGCAGUCUUUCCCAGAAUGCUCAUCUACAUUUGCAGUGCAUCAUAGGAAAUGUGUCCAACAAGAACCACAGUGUCAAGAAUCAAAGCUCGACAUGUAUAUAGAAAUAGUGAUGUCGCGAACUUGCCGCGAACGGUUCGCCGCGGUUCGUGGCGAACUCCGGUCAGCUGACACAUCCCUGCCCAUCUCCGGCAGACCCUCCCUCCCAGACCCUCCCACCUCCUGGACAGCAUCCAUGUUGAAGCUGCUUUCAAAAUGGAUGCUGUCCAGGAAAUAGGAGGGUCUGGGAGGGAGGGUCUGCCGGAGAUUGGCAGGGAUGUGUCAGCUGACCGGAGUUCGCCACGAACGGUUCGUGGCGAACCGUGGCGAACCGUUCGCGGCAAUUUCGCGGACGGUUCGCGACAUCACUAUAUAGAAAAUGUCUAAGAAAACCAAUGAAAUUAGGACUUGGCAGAGAGGGGUUUACAUGUGUGAUUCUCCCAUUAUGUGACAAUAAUAUUCUGCCCUGCUUGCAAUUGAACUGCUCCAGAGGAUAAUUUCCAUUCAGCAUCAAACCACGUUCAUCCAAAAAUUAGAUGCACAAUGUUGUCAAAUAUUUACAAAAAUAAAAAGAAAUAAGGCACGAUAAUGUUUGUAGAACGUUAGGACAGAUAUUGACUGGAUAUGUGGAGGGCUUUGAAGUAUCUUUAGUUACAUAACGGAAGUUUUGGUAUAUAUAUAUAUAUAUUUACAUUUACAAUGACUGACCCCUUUAUCCUCUCUGUUUGCAGGUAGAGGACUGGUUCAUUAACGCCAGGCGGAGGGCUUUGCCUAACAUUUUAAAGCAAAAAGGACUCUUCCCCUCCACCUUCAGAGGGGGCAAAAAAAAGUUAAUGCCUGCACACACUGUAACAGCAUCAGCUGACGCCCUUCCUUCCACCAGCACUGCUGCUACGUUGCCUGAGCCAUUUACAGUGUCGCAGGCUACUCCUGCUUGGCUGCAGGUUAGGAGCCCUCCUGAAGUUCAAAGCCAUCCUGCUGAAGCUCAAAGCUAUCCUGCUGAAGCUCAAACCCAUCCUGCUGAAGCUCAAACCCAUCCUGCUGAAGUUCAAAGCCACUCUCCUGAAGUUCAAAGCCAUCCUCCUGAAGUUCAAAGCCAUCCUCCUGAAGUUCAAAGCUAUACUCCUGCAGCUGAAACACCCUCCUGUCAUUGUGAGGACAGGAAGAGAAGGUUCCAGGUACUGGUCGAGGUAGCCUCCCGGUUAAAGGAGGAGCUGGAUGCGGAGGAGGAGGCCACGAAACCUUUUGUCAGGAUUCUUGGGAGAGAACAUGUUAACGUUCAUACUUUUAUUAGCAGGGCUAUCCACUAAACAACAAAUUGUAGUGACUUGAAACCCAAAGCACAAAAUGGUGGCGAAAAUGGAAAAAACUAAAGCAUUUUCGGAAUCUAAGAUUAUGUUAGCUUUUAGUGAACAACCCUAAAAGCAUAUGUAUUUAUGUAUUUAUUGUUAAAUUAAGUACACCCAUAGAUAUUUAUUAUUUAUAAAUCACAGAUUACUUCUAUAUUUAUUACUUUAUUUAUGUACAGUAUCUGCAAGUAUGAAUAAAUUAUUACAUGUGAAACUUUUUUCCCCCAGUUUUGUUUUAAUUGCAAUAAAAAAGUGCCUUUUAAUAAAACGUCCAAACCCACACAGUCCCUUACUUGUUUUCAAACCUGAAAAAGUUGGGAGAUGUGUGAAAUAUUAAUCUUUUUCAUUGCCACCAUAAGGUGGACUGGCCGAGAACGCAGAGGGUGGGUUAGCCCUUAGUUCCCAGCCUGUCAUUGUCAUGCAUUGAUGGACAGAUUUAGCUAAGCUGACAAUACGAUUUUAUUUAAUUUAUAGAAUAGUGAUGUGAUAAGAAAACAUUUUUCUUUCUAGAUAUAGAUUUAUAAAAUAUUACGCAAUAUACAUAUACCUGUUGCACCUAGCAAACAUGUCUAAACGGCGUGGGUGGUUGGGGGGGUGGGGGGGUGUGUGAAGGGAGGAGGGGGAAAUAUAACCCUCUCUGCAUGAAGACAGUAUAAAAAUCCCUGGUUUUAUUUGGCUCCUUACAGUUGGGGGUGCUACAGGAUUCUUGGCACCAUAACCACUACCACACACUGUAGUGGUCAUGGUGCUUGGAGUGUUCCUUGAAGGACUUAUCAGUGAAAUGCAAAUUUUCUCUAAAAUAACAUACAUAAAUGUCCAAUGUCCCAGACCACUUCUGCUAUUUGAAGUGGUCAUGGAGGAUGGAAUCUUGAUGUGCAGUGUUUCUGCUUGUAAGCCUGUCCAUCCAGAGUUAUUUGCGCUUGUGUGCUGGGGGCUAGUUACAACCCAGGCACACGCAGAUGUUAGCGUUGAAUAAACUAUUAAAUAAUAAGGAGGGGAAAUCCCUGUUUUACUUAUAAUAAUUUCUUCCAAAACUAGCGCAGCUAAAGAAAAAUAUACGUUUUAUAAUGAUCAGAAAAACAAAAUAAAACAAAAAAAUAUAUAAACUACUCCAUGACAGUGUUAGAUUUGUAGAAACGACACUCCCAAGGAAUUUAACUAAGAAGAUUUUCACACUUUUCUAUCAACUAUUUUAUCACCAACCUCUGCAAAAACUACUGGCUAUAUGUAUUUUGUGUUUGACACACUUCAUUUUUUAGGUGAAUUUCAUAGACCAUGUAUGUCUCACUACUAUAAAGAUCACAUAUUUGUAUGCCACUACAACAAUACCCACCAUAUUUGAAGGGCUUACCAGGUCACAGAGAAAAAUAAAAAAAAAUUGACAAGUGUCACCUUAUCAAAUAGUGUCUCUGGCAAGCACCUUCUAUGUGUCAUCACAUUGACCCACAUCAAAUUUUGACUCCUAACCCUAGCUAACCCUUGGUUGGCAUAAACUGGCCUUAUCGCUCUAUGAUCCUCAUGGUAAAUGGCAUCCGAUAGCUGUGUAGAGUACCACAUCUCGACAUCUUCACUAGAGGAGUCUGACAAUAUUCAUAUCGCACAGUUAUCAAUGAGACCUGUGAUUUGUAGGAGGGUUCAAACAGACGCCAUACUCCAUAUGUCCAUUGUCAUAAAGUGGUAAGGUGAAGGGGCGUACAAAGUACGUCCACAGUCACAAAGGGGUUAAACAAACCUUUUUAUACCACGACAGCCCUGGCAUGUCUUUUAUCAUGACAGGGUUAAUGCAGCAGAGCAGCAUUGUCUUAUCCUGUUUUAGGAGGAAAUUGCAGCUGGGGGUUGGGAACUAAUCAGUUCUCAUCCUUUUAUGAAGAAAAAAAAAAAAAGGUAAAUAAUCGACAUGUUCAUUUCUUAUAAAGAUCGCACAGGGAAGUGAAAUCUGCAAAGACAACUUUUGUCUUCAUAAAUCUCUUUAGUACACAUGACUGAUUUGUAUAACCAGUCUGGGAAGGAGGUAGCUGGUUACAUUCCAAACCAGAUCUUAAAACUACCGAUUAGCCAGAUGUAGUAGUGACUAAUCAAACUGUAUCCUAUGGUUCAAGUCACCUUUCAUGAGUAGUUUUACCCAUUAAAUCUGAAACUUUAUCGAUAAACAAAUAUGCAUAAUAUAUCUAUGCUAAAAGAGAAAAAGCUAUAAUGACAAAUUAAUAUGGACACUCAGGGGAUCGUGGUCUGCGAGAUCCACCAUGGUUUGUUUUUUAAAUACAUUUCUUCUUCGUGCUGAUGGGAGUACUUGACAAGUCCUAUCCAGUUGUAUGUAGCGAUCAUUGCUAGAGGAGGGAAUCAAGUAAUUAAAGGCACUAUAACCACUAUAGCCUGCUGUAGUGUCUAUGGUGUCGAGACGUCUUUGGUUUCCAACAGUUUGGCACAUGCCCUCUCUUCUAAAACAAUUAAUGUUGAAAUUUUACUUCCACAAUAUAUAUUUUCAGUUUCUUGGAAUUGCUUGGUUGAGAGCAUCAAAUUCAUGUCACCAAUGUGGAAAAAUAUCAGAAAACCGGGUUAAACUGUGGGCGACCACCGGAUGCAGCUAAGAGUCAAACAGCUCCAGAACUGCUCCUGGCACCAUAAUUACCACAGGGUAUUGUAGUGGUUAUGGUGCCACAAGUAACUCUUUAAGACAGUGUCUGUGGGAUUUAUCCUUGAUUUCUUUAAAGUGAACCUGUCACAGGUUUAAAGUUCGGCUAAAUCACAGAGAUACAUAAUGUAUUGAAAAUAAAAUAUUCAGAUAUCACUCAUCAUAUCUCCGAUCCAGCACCACCAUUUCCUUGUCUUUGUGGGUGUUACUCUUUAUGUGAUCCGGUCGGCCCAUCUAAUCCAGCUCUCUUGAUUGAUUUUCCCUUCUUGGGAAUGCUUCACCUUCAAACUUCCUGUGAUGUCAACAUGCCAGCUUUCUCGCCAGCAUGCCAGCGUCUGAACUAACGUCACUUUGUUCCUAUACUCCCUAGUCAGCGUUAGCAGCGUAGCCGUUUUUUUAUGUUCUCAGUUGUCAGUCAAAUUUUCAAUUAGAAUCUAUGUUGAAAAUUUUGACUUACAGGUGGGGGAAAGACCUAUUUUUUAAAAUAUGUUCUUCACCCAAACUAUGCAUUUGCUAGCAAAACUGAUAAUACAAUGUAUAGACAGAAUCCUAGGCUCUUUUAUGAAUCAGAUGCCAAUUUUGGCAGAUAUGAGCUGUGGAAGGUGAAGCCCAUGUCCGUGCAAUGCAAGUGCUAUCAUGGAGUAUAAGCACACCAUGAUGAUAUCCACCAUGGACAGUCAACCAGUGCUGCCAAUACCCAGUGCCGAGAACUGCUAAUGCCUCUCGUGCCUCCCCUUCUAGCACCAUCUUCUGUACCGUUUGCUUGUUUGUUUGUUUUCUCUCUCUCCCCCCUUACUCUGUGAUCUUAACACAAGAUAUUUAUGACCCUCUGCGAGAAUGGUGUCUAUUUUCUAUCAAACCUGUGUCUUAUCUGCACUCAUGUCGCUUUAACCCCUGUAUCAUAACUCAACUUUAAAUUCUAUGUGUCGUCUUGCGCAUAAAUGCUUCAGACUUGAGAAAGGGAGGUUCUCCCGAAAGCUUGUCAUUAAACAAUUCUGUUAGUCCAAUAAAAAAAGGUAUUACAAGAUACAAAUGUUAUCUGUUUUUUUACAUUUAUUACAUUCAUAUACUUUACCAAUUAAUUUUAAUUAACCAUUUGUCUGGCUUCUUGCUCUGCUAGUGGACAAAUGGGGAUUUCUGGAGAUUAAUUUACAAAAAGUAGAUUACAUUACUUAGCAAGUUUGUACUUUAAUUGCAGUCUGGCUGUUUUACGGCAGGUAACCUGGAGAGCUACCUAGGAACAGAAUCCCAUGAAUCUCUUUCACUUAGCUUAUCUGAUAAUCAAUUGUCACCCUGUUAG